CCUCAAAGUACCGAAACCAGCGAUCAUGAAUCCAACGGUUGUAUCUUCUCACUAUUUCCAGUGCCUCUCUACUGGCGGAUAGAGGCACAGAUCGAUUAUGCGAUGCCUGAAGCCGAGCCAGGAUCUGUGAUCCCCGCGCAACUCUCGUUCCUCGCGAUCUACAACCCCCUCCUCGGGACGUCGGAGGAGACAUUAGCGGAUCAGAUCGUCUUCUACUUCUCCAAAGCAGCUGCAGAGUCCGACGCUUUUAGCGAUUCUGCUGAUGCCGCUUCUUCAGCCAGGAAAGAUGACCGGGAUGUGAAGCUGCGCCAGAUAGGGUUGGCGCAGGGGAUGGUGAGCUUUGCUAGAAACUUUUCCACCGGAGAGGCGCUGGAUUCGGUUGAAACUGAGAGGUCCCGUAUUGUACUCCACGAAUUGGAGAAGAACUGGUGGAUACUGGCUUCAGUUGACCUGACUCGUCUUCCCUCGAAUUCUAAUAACGGAUCUUCUUCUACUCCCAAUGACUCUCGGUUCGACUACUCCUCAAGGGAGGUUAGCCCUCCUCACCUUUUGGUACAGCAACUCCGACGCGCACACUCGAUCUUCUUACUUCACCACGGUACCUCACUGGACGAGCUUUAUAACCGAGUGGGAAGGGAAACAGCCUGCAGGUUUCUUGACCGAUUUUGGACCCGCUUCGCAUGGACAUGGGAUAUCCUUCUAAAUGGUAACCCGGCUGCGGAAAUCUAUAACGGUAUAAAACUUGCCGCUGGCGGGGAGCUUGGUAUCGGCGUCGGGGAAGAAGAAUGGGGAAGCGGGGAAAGAGAGGUACUGGAAGACUUUGUCUACAGAACUGAUGGGCUUCUCGAUCUGGUCGUCUCGAGAUUCGGUGAUGCGGUACCUCCAACUGACGGGUCUGACUCGCCGAAGAAGAAAAAUGGUUCUUCAGACGUACCGUCUAACAAAUACCCCUGGCUUGGGUCAGAUACAUGCCCACGCCCUUCUGACGGAGUUAUCUUCUCCGGUGUUGGAGCAAUUUCAAGGGAAUCCUUGAUUCAAGUUUCGCAGUGGAUGGAAUGGAUUUACAGGUACGGAGAAGCUGCAUAUGGAGUCAACGAAAACCCGAGCUCUCUUCGACGCCGAAAGCGACGCAGGCGACAACUUAGUCGGCAUAUCAGAGAUCCCAGUGGGGCUUCUGGCACUCAGAUGAAAGUGCACCGCAAUGCUUCACAUGGUGGAACACCAACACGGGAUCUCUCCCCCGGAAUACCGCCUCCACUCGUCGCACUGCCGCCGCAGCCUAUUGAAAAUGCUUCUACGAACGAGGCUUCUAGGGAUGCUAGCAGGACCAGAAGCACUGGGACCGAAACACCUGAUGACUCGUCUGGAUUUGGUACCGAUACUGUUGUGAAAUAUCUCACAUUAGGCUACGGUUCCUCGUGGGGAUUUCCUUCUUUAUCUCUCCCUUCACACCCUCGCUUGUCUAUUUUACGUCAAUCAGACGGGUCGGGCAGUGAGGCUGGUCAGAGUCUGAACUCGUCUGCCACUCGUCCUGCAACUCCAUCGGACAGGUUGUCUCGGGAAGAGAAAAGACGGAGUCCGGCGGACGAUGCCGUAGGCAAAUUCAUCAUUGGCCUCCGCGAUGAUCUCGAGGACGAAGACAGCGAUGACGAGGAUAUCAAAGACGGUAACGCACAACAAAAUACCGAAGAGAAGGUCCCCAAAAACAGCAGGACGAUGCUAAGGACUCUACAUGUACGGAUGACCACGGCUAGCGGAGAUAAAGAUACACAAGACAUUUCCUCAGAAGAGGUCUCUAAGAAAUUACAAGUAGUUGUCUACGUGCAUCGUCCAUUUAUGUUUACGUUUCUCUUCGAGCUACGAACUCCAACAUUAGCCUAUCCAACAUUUUACCGAAGCAUACACCAUCAGCUUGGGCCCCUCCAAAAGCCGCUCCUAUCGUCAACUUCACCGGAGAACGUAUCUCAGAGAAUAUCUACUAAUGGCGCUGCUGCUGCUAGCAGCAGGAGGCCCAGUGCUCCGAAACAGCCGAUCUACGACCUUGUAUAUGACCCUUCGAAUCGAACGAUACGUUCUUCUAUUCCAAAUAUACCAGACCCGGGCGUUUUUGUCGCGGAAGGCCCGUCCGACAUGCGGCCAUGGUCCAGGCUUGAAGCCCUCAACGUACACCAGCGAAUUCUUGCAACAUACAGCGAGACACUGUUACGGCCGCUGGAUAUGGAGAGGACAUGCAAGACGAACCGCAGCUGGUGGGUCACCUGGGUGCGAAUCCCUCAUUCUGGGAAAGGGACCGUACCAGAGCAGGGUGCAGCGGAGAGCGAGUCUUUCAAAUCAGCAUUCUUGAUCCGAAAAGCAAGUGACUAUGCCACCACUGCUGGGCAUUCGCGCGCAAGUAGUGGAUCGAGAUUCUUCAGAGAUCUCAGCGGUGCGUCCUCACUCAGUCCAAGUGGUCUCAGCUCCAUGACCUCAGGGAAGCUCGCUGAGGGUGUCGGGUUGGAUCCGAGGAGGUAUAUAGAGAGCCUGUUGAGCUUGAACAGAUGAUGAGUAUUUAUUCAAUCCAUGUAUAUACUUAUGCGGCGGUAUGCCCAAUGAACUAGAUACAUGCGUACAUACAAGACACAUUAUGAGACAAUCCUUCCACCGCUUUGGAGAUCCAGUAGAGU